CUACCAUUAUGCCAGAUGGCUUUCGGUACACGUGCGUGACCUGCUCCAGCUAGAGCAUGAAUGUCCUGAGAUCUGGAAUGAAUUCAUGAAAGGGCACUUCGUUACACAAAAAACAACGCAUCGAUUCUCAAUGAUGGCUCACGACCAUGUCCAUGAGCAGUUGAAUGCUGUCGUCAAGGGUGAUGGCGGAGUGAUUGGAAUCACCGAGAACGAAUCAGCGUUGCGUCGUUGGAUGAUUGCCGGUCCAGAAGUAGCAAGGGUCAUACAUGAGCUGGACUUAAAGAACUCGUCGAAAGCGAAACACAGAGACUGUCAUCACGAACAAACUCCAAGCACACAGAGGAGGUUUGCAACAGAUGUGCACAGUGUGGUUGGUGUCUUUGAAGAUAUGGGUAAUCCCUUCACAGAGACCAGCGCUGACCUCAUAGCCAUGGACACAAAGGUAGUGAUGGCGGACGAAGUCAUCCAGAGCAUCAGACAUGCUGAGGAGAUUGGGAAGGCACAGUACAAGGCAUUCGUUGAUGAGCGUAUCAUGACGACACAGAAACCAUUCCAUGACACUAUCACAAAGAACAGCUUCCCAAUGCUUAAAUCUGGACUACGCAAAACACCAAGCAAGUCAAAGUCGAAAACAGCAAGUAUGAAGAGCGACCUUCAACUGUUUUCAAGAAUGUACAUUUCAUGCCAGGCAAGAGAGGGAGACAUCGAUGUCUUCUUCGAGCAUGAAAACCACGCCUGGCCACCAUCUCUUGCUGACCAUAAUGCAAUGCGCCAAGGUAACAAAGCUGACUUGCUGAGAUGCUUGGAACCUUUGGCACCACGCCCACCAACAACACCAAACGUUGAUGUGAAGAUUGUGGAUGGAGCCGCCCUUGUUCACUUACUGGAGCCAAAGCAUGCUGCCACCAUUGUGAAGACAUUCAAAGAUUAUGCAGAAUAUGUGUUUAUCCCAUAUCUCCUAAGGCAGCUGCAAGCAUCUACCCGCCUUGAUGUUGUUUGGGACAGCUACACUACUGACAGCCUGAAAGCUAACACGAGAACAUGCCGAGGUACCGGGGAUCCUCUUCGCGUGUUGAAGCAAACACGUAUUCCUCAAAACUGGAAAAGUUUUUUGCGCGUCGACAGCAACAAAACAGAACUCUUCAAGUUCCUUGCUUCAGCCAUUGAAGUCACAUCCACACCAACAGGAAAGAUACUAGUCUCAACCAAGGGUGAAAGUGUAGUAUCGACAUCUGUGCUGGAUGUCUCUGACUUAGAGCCAUGCACACACGAAGAGGCGGACUACCGCAUGAUGCUCCAUUGUGCUCAUGCCUUCAAACACGGAUUGAAAAAAUCAUGCUCUAUCGGAAAGAAAACCACGUGGGAUGUCUGGCGGUCGCUACCCAACCUCACAGCUGUAUUCAUCCGCCUCUCUGACACUCCCGAAGAAGUUACAGAAGCCGACAUGGAGGAGCUGGAAAAUGUAACUGGUUAUUGUCAGGCUGCCGCCUUCACACCAGGACUGGCUGGUAAGGCUCUCGUCAACAGACGUUCUCGUGGCAAGAGUCAAUCCAACAGGAAUCGUGCUCGUGCUAGUGACUGA